AUGAACAUGACUCCUGAAUGCUUGUCGCAGCCUGUCAAACAUUCUCCAAAGUAUACUUACACCGCUUACGAGAGAGAUGUUCAAAAUUCUGAAGAAUAUGCAAAUAAGAUGUUCCACGGGUUGUUUAACGAUACACCGGAUAAUUCUGAUGGUGACGAUGAUACCGUGGAUGGUCUUCCGGAGGAUAAAAAGAGCUUGGAAAUUUUAACGGAUCGCAUACGUAUUUUAAAGAAAAAAAUCGACAACGAAAUCGCGCCAUCUGAGCCAAAGGAAGCGCAAGCUCUUCAAAUCUUACUCAAGGCAAUGAUACCUCGUGAAACCAACAAACAAAUCAUGAAGUUUAUCUCUCACUUCGCCAAACGAAUGGGAGAGGAGCAACCCGAAGUCGCUGAAAAUUUCUGCAAAAUGCCUGUUUCGGUUCAACGCGUUGCGAGAUUAACUAUCAGCGAUCCUGAAAUCGAAAGACCGAACAAAAGACGCAAUGAUGAACUCGAUGACGGAGCCACACCCGCAAAAAAAGACCGACAUGAAAGUCCGGAAAUCUUCAUUUCUCGAUCCCGACAUAUUUUCUCUAACAUUUACAUCGAGUUGGCGAAAAUUUUGGCCGAAUUGGAAGGCCAUUACUUGUCGCAGAGGCGUACUAUUGUGCUGGACGCCAUCAAUAAUCUUCGUUCUGUUUUGCGGGAGGUGGAUUUGGAACAAGCUCUUGCUCGUGUUCCGCCAGCUUACGAUCCUCGUUUGCACUUGAAUUGGCUUCGCGACAAAAAGGAAGAGUAA